AUGACCUCGUCAUCGCUCGUCGUCCCUUUGGCAUUUUGGAACCGGCUGCCUACAGCACCAGUAACAGUUGCAGUUUAUAGAGAAGGACACGUCGUGACAGGUUUAAAAGACGGAAAUAUUUGGAUAUAUCGCUGUAAUGUGGAUGACCAAGCCGAUCUUCAGCUACGACAUAAAGUUUUAUGCAUCGGUCACAAAUCGGCCAUCACGGCUUUGUCCAUUAUUGAAGGACAAGUUGAUGGCUGCGCCGGAAAUAAUUACGUAUUGUUGAGCGCAUCUGAGGAUGGGUGGAUAUACGCUGGAUUCAGAGAGGUCAUGAAAUGGUGUUUGUUAGACGGUCGAUGUAUGAUGUCUACAGCAAGAGCAUUUGACGGUAUCAUAAGAAGUCUUAAACCAUUGGCUGCUUAUGCAGAGCCUACGAAAUUUAUUCUUUGCGCCGGAUUCCUAAAUGAGAUCACGAUAUUGAAUUGUGCAACUUUAGAGAUUGUACGAAUCUGGGCUGGUCACAAUGAUUGGGUUACGUGUACUCCAUUUUAUGACUCAGACACACGUAAAAUCAGACUCCUAUCAUCAAAUUUUAAUGGAAUUCUAAAGAUAUGGACAUUUGACGAAACAAAGCAGACCAUCACGAAGGAACACGAUAAUGUAGGAUUUCUUGACGCCCAGGGUGACAAAAUAUUAGAAUUGAUAAGUAACCCUUACGAGAUUGGUGUGAUCAUGGCGAUAACAAAAAACUUUGUCAUAGUAUUUAUAAUAAGGAACGGUAAAUUAAUUAAUAUGCAGCGUAUAAGAGCUCCCGGAGAAGGAAUUUUCUGGACUAGCGGCGUUUUUUUGGCAAAAAACAGAGUGUUGGUUUCCUCUCAGAAUGGGGAUGCAUUUUUGUAUUCGAUACCAACUGUUGAACGUAAAUACCCAUCAGAGAAUGGACAUUUACUGACAAAGCCUGGGCUCAUUCGACGUUCAUCUAUGCCCAAUCUACAAAAAUCCAAUGGUGAAAAACUCUUGACUUCAGUUUACUCGAGGCCAGAGUUGUUGGAGGUCGUGCGCUCUGGAAGUGAAGACUCCACUAGCGUUACAGUAACAUCUGUUUUUGCAAAUCCCAGUAUCGAAGGAAAAUCAACUUGUUGGUAUUUGAUUGCUUUUCGUAAUCACCCUCAAGGAAUAUCAUUUGCAUGGAAGUCGUUGUCAACAACGACGAAGGAUUCCGACACUGGCGAAAAUAGUCAAAGAAAUGUUCGUGAAUCAAAAUGGCAUGUGGAAAGAUAUUUAUCUGAUAUAUGGCCAUUGAACAAGCACAAAAGUCCAAACAUCACGGCUACUACUAUAGUAGACGAUGACAAAAUUGCAUUCGGGUUUGAAAACGGUGAAAUUCGGAUGAUGCCAAUAUCAUUGGCAUUUAUUGAGGAACCACAAAUUUGUUCUCACAAUGCAGUUCGGGAUUUCAAAGGUCACGUCGGAAGUGUCACAUGUUUGUUGACGCCCACGUUCAACAACUCUGUGCAUAGAUAUCUUGUGUCAGGUGGAGAAGAUUGUUCAGUACGGAUAUGGAGUCUGGAAAAUGGGAAACGUUUGGCCUCCUUUACAUAUCAUUCCCAACCGGUUAUCCACUUGUUUGAACCACCUGCCGAAAUUUAUUCAAGGAUUCGAGGGUGCAUAAUUUCUGUCGCGAGAGAUAAUUCUCUGGCGAUAAUAUCUUUGGAAGAGAUGAGUUGCAUAUAUGUUUUCGGCGGCUACCCCUAUCCAAUAGAAAAAAUUCAAUGGAGAAUAUCAGACCACUUUUUGGUGCUUUAUUAUGGUGAUGAAUCCGCACAUUUUUGGCAGAUGAGAGAUUCAGAACUUUAUCAGAUUGUCGCUUCUGCGAGAGAACUAAUUAAAGAUGAGAAUUGGAUAACCAGUUCGGUACCACCAAAACUUGUGGACAAUAAGAAAAAUAGCACCUUGACAUCUUUUCCUGUAUAUUCAAAAAUCGAUGGCACUUCAACACUUCAAAUGUUUACGAUAAAUGUCAAACAACUCAUCAAUGACAUUUAUCACUAUCAUGUUCCCCAAUUCGGAUCAAGGAUUAAUAAAAUAAAUGGACAGACCGAAGAUUUUGAUGAAAAGCCGAACUUGCCUAAAAUAUUCUCCUGGACAACUGCGGGGGCUUCGCAGUCAUCGAUUUCGUCACAAACAUCAACCAUAGCAGAGUCGGAGAGUAAAGCCAUUGAUGCCAGCAUUGUUCAAGUUAUAAUAUCUUCCCUCAUGUCUUGGAAUAUUGACAGCUCACUCGAUAAGAUAUGUUUCGAAAAGUUGGGAUUGAAGAAAUCUUCCACUCGAAUUACAUUCGGGUUAAGAGGAGUGAAUGGGAAUCUAUCAAUAGCUGCACCUUCUCUUGAUGAUGUUCAUGCCACUUGGAAGAUAUCAAAUACUUUAACUGCAGCCAAUCUCUUAUCAAUCGUUGGACUUACGCGUUCGUUCCUUUCAAUGAAAGGCCUCGAGAAGUAUACAAGUGAUAUAAUUACUCACUAUUGUUCUUUAUUACCGGAUCUUGUCGGCACGAAGUUUAAGCAUCCUUCGCUGGUUUUUCUUGUAAAAUAUUUCCAGGACCCAGUCGAGGAUAUACGUCUUUCCGCACGUGCGCUCUUUUCUUCAGCUUUAAAUAGCAUGUCACCGGCUGAACAACAGUCUGUCAUCGACUACUGGAAACAAUUUUUACCAUCAGUAAUGACGCCUGAUUCGUACACGAAUCAAUAUAUGGCGAGAUCAACAAUAUUGCUUGGGAUGAUUGGAGCCGAUAAUCCUAAAGUCUUACCGAAAAAGUUAUUAUCAUUAUUAUCUUUCAUGGAUGAUUCGACUGCACUAAUUGCCAAGAAUAUCGCCUUAUCUUUGCUAUUGCUACUUCAUGACGACUGUAAAUUGUCUCAUCGAUUGGCUGCUCUUGAAUUAUUAGCUGUGCUUAAAACGAUUUUAGGAUUCGCUAUUGAGGUUGAUUCUAACGCAGUAACGGUUAAAGCUAUGGCACAAAAGGUUAUAUUCCAAAUAGCAUCGAUGAAUGCACCUUUGUGUAUGUCGACACUGGCAUAUGAUUCGAAUAAUAGUAAAAAGCCUAACGAGAAGAAUGGUUAUCUUAAAUUGAUAUCAUUGUUCAUAAGGAAAAAACCGUUGAUCAUGUAUUCAAAUUUGUCACCAUUAGUCGAAUCUGUGGUAAAAUCAUUAGAUCCCAACAUACCAAAAAUGAGAGAUACAGUGUUGCAAACUACCACCAGUGUGCUUCAUGAUUUAGUGAGAACUUUUCCAUCGAUUUCAUUCCAUGGAGGGUCACAAAAGUUGGCGGUUGGAACGCUUGAAGGCGCAUCGAUUGUCUAUGACUUGAGGACUGCAACCAGAUGUCACAUAUUAGAGGGACACACGAAAUCAGUUACCGCAGUAACAUUCUCAAAUGAUGGAAGGAUUAUUGUGUCUUGUUCACUUGAAGAGGGAACGGUUCGAGUGUGGAAUCCAAAUCCCGGAUUUUUAGAUAUGAUCACUGGUGUUGGUAGUAGAAAUGGAAUAAAUGGUGUUGGUAGCCAUCUGGCGUUUUCGAGAAAUGAAAAUAAAGGCAUCAAGAUGGGUAUGGGAUUCAAGAAUUCUUUAUCAAGUUCUAUUAAACCCAUUAAAAACUUCGAUUUUAACCUAGGAGAAGACGGUGAGACAUUUCUUUCCUUUGAUGUUUAA